CAGCCAGCGGCCCCUCGAUCCGACGAUGACUUCAUGAGCGAGGAGAUUGACUCCUACAUGAUCGCCAUGGAGACCAGCGCCAUGGAGGAGAUGCUGGCGGUGGGGAACCAGACGCCCGCGGAUGAAGGGGACCUGCCCCCCAGCCCCACCUUCCCGCUAUUCCACCUCCCCAAGAGGUCCCACGGUGACAACGCAGCCCCCAUCCGCACCCCGGAGGCAGACGAAGAUGCGGAGGUGACAGCGACCCCACCUCACAAGAAGCAGUUCCGCUCGCUGUUUUUUGGCUCGCUCUUGUCCCCUGUGGGGGGGAGCUGCCGGCCGCUUGCGGGCCACGAGGUGCUAGCAGAGGCCAGUGACAGCGACGGAGAGACCUGAAGGGGCAGCGCGGAGAGAGAGCGAGCGAGAGAGAGAGAGAUGGGGGCAGAGGGGCUGGGACACCCCCCGGUGAGCUGCAGUGUACCAGGGCCCUGAGCCCGGAGCAGGAGGAGCUGAUCUCUAAGCCGCCGGUCCUGGCGCCCAAGACUUUUUAUCUAUCGGAAACGCAAUAAAACGGACGAUGAAAACUCA